CUUAACAUUCAUCGCAAUAUCAAAUUUAUUGAGAUUGGCAAGUUGGGAAAGUACCGAACGAAGCAAGGAAUCAGAGUGAAAAUGGCGGAAGAGGGCCAAGUGAUUAGCUGCCACACCGUUGAUGCUUGGAAACUGCACACGCAGAAUGGAAUCGAGUCCAAGAAACUGGUGGUGGUGGAUUUCACGGCUUCAUGGUGCGGGCCAUGCCGUGCCAUUGCCCCAGUUCUAGCAGAGAUUGCAAAGAAGAUGCCCGAGGUCACAUUCCUGAAGGUUGAUGUGGAUGAAUUAACGACUGUAGCUGAGGAGUAUGCAGUGCAGGCGAUGCCGACCUUUGUGUUCCUUAAAGAAGGCAAAGUGGUGGACACGGUUGUGGGUGCAAAGAAAGACGAGUUGCAGCUGACUAUAGCAAAGCAUGCCACAGCCACAGCCACUGCUGCUGCUUGAUGUGUAACAUGGAUGAUAUUGGAACCUCAUAAUUAUCUCUCUCUCUCUCUUUUUUUUUUUUUUUGGUUCUUUUCUAGUUUGCGUUGGGUGUGGUUAUAAAUCUUUCAGAAGAUAUCUAAAGCGUUUGGCUAGCUUAUGUGUGCGUGUAUGUUGAGCUACACAUCGCUUUAACUGAUGUUCUGUUAUCUAAAAUGCUUAUGGUACUAAGUUCAUGUUCUUGUUCUUGUUGUCGUCGCUUUUACUGGAGCCAUGAAACGAGAAAUCAGAUUGGCGGUUAUGGUUUAA